GCACAUAAGACCGGUGUUGUUGUUUUAGGCUAGGUGGUUUGCAAGGUACUUGAUGAAACAAAGCCCCUCUUAAAAUAUGCCUCCUGCUCUUCUCUUUCUCAACUCACGGGUCCCCCUUCCGGGUUCCUGUCCCAUUUUGUUACCUUCUCCUGAUGUUUCCGGUAUAAACUAUUUCAUGACCCCAAGUUUCACAGCAGUUGUGGCUGCAGUGUGCGCCAUGACGUUCUGUGGUUUAUUGAACUAUGUCUCCACGAUACAGGAAAGGCUUCUUAACCAAGCUUGGGGGGCCCAGAAACACAACCCAGCUAAACACCCCCUCCCCCUAACGAGAAGACCUCCUUUGCUGCAUUAUCCGCACUCCAUUAAGGACCUGAUCAGAUGUUCAGAUUGUCUGAAGGGUGCAUUUAAAAGUGAAAAGGGGCUCCCUAGGGACUACUCAGGUGUAUCCCGCUUCCUGACCCUGCUGGGGUGGAGGAGGAUGAACUCUGGCCGGCUGGCAGAGCAUUAGCCCCUGCUUGUUCUGAUUGAUUCUCAGGCUCUGGUGGGUGAAGAGCUGUGAGGCAGCUCAAGCCAAGAUUGAUUGCCUCGAUUUCGAAUUCCCACCUCCCAAACAGACUCUCAGAUGUACGCGGAAGGGAGCUCCUUCCCCAACACGACUUCUGGAGGUGGCGCAGGUGUCUGAGUCACCUGUAGCCACCAAUCACAAGUGGUCCUCCGUAUCACACUGACGCUAGCUGCCCUUCAUCUUAGGCUAGGACACACUCAAAGCCUGAAGAAGGCGGGGAGGAGGGGGGCAGUUGUAUCUCUCUGUAUCUCCCUUGCAUCUAUGUGUGGGGUUGAGUGGGGGCUGGGUUUUAGCAUACGAGGUCAACACGGAAAGAGACAGCUCCCACCGGAGGUCGUCCUGGCAGACUGCAGGGCUGUUGUCUGGGCGCACUAGAUUUGUUUUGCAAAUUAUGUGUCUUUGGAUGGAGGUGAGGUGGUGAAGGUGUCACUGUCAAAACCACCAAGAGAGAGCUCUUGAUCCCGCUGACCUUGACAGAACCGCUAGUGUUAGUGGAGCCACAGGGCGAGCAAAUCCAAAUAUUUGGGAGGUGGGGCUGAUUUAGGGGCACGGGUGACCCUGCAGCUUUGAUUGCCUCCACCUCCCAGCCUCUCUGGGUAGCUGUCCUCUCGCUCUGACCCCAUCCCAAGCCGGUCCCCGCCCCUGAAUCCCUUCCCUGUCUCCCCCUCCUGCCUGCAUCUCAUCCCUCCCUCUCUUCCCUCUCUCUCCCACUUUUCCUCCCUCUCCCCUCCGUCUCGCACGCACCCUCUGUUUAUUUUCCUGCCUCCAUCUGGGCCCUGCUGAUAUUGUAAUCACCCUGAUGCACGUUGGCUCCUCUCCUCUCCCUCCCGCGCGCACACGCUCACUCACACACAAUGUGCCAUCCCCACCAGCCCUUUACUUCUGAUAAGCUCCGAUGUGUGUUUAAUGAAUACAAAGCGGCGGUGUGGGGGCCGCGCGGCCGGCCGCCUCGCGCGCUCGCCGCCGGAAGAAAAGAUUGAUCUGUGGGCUGGUGAACUUAUCUGGGUCCCAGUCCGAGCAGCAGAGGAAGUUAGCACAGCGCUUGCUGGAGAAUGAUAUCUAUCAAAAGAAACACUUGGAGAGCACUGAGUGUAGUGAUAGGUGACUGCCGGAAAAAGGCGAACUUUGAAUAUUGUCAAGAUCGUACCGAGAAGCACUCCACGAUGCCAGACUCACCUGUGGAUGUGAAGACGCAGUCUAGGCUGACUCCCCCAGCAAUGCCGCCUCCUCCGACCACUCAAGGAGCCCCGAGAACCAGCUCGUUUACGCCAACGACAUUAACGAAUGGCACCAGCCAUUCACCCACGGCCUUGAAUGGCGCCCCCUCACCGCCUAAUGGCUUUAGCAACGGGCCUUCCUCUUCCUCUUCCUCUUCUCUGGCUAAUCAACAGCUGCCCCCAGCCUGUGGUGCUAGACAACUGAGCAAGCUGAAGCGAUUUCUUACUACCCUGCAGCAGUUUGGCAAUGACAUCUCACCAGAGAUUGGAGAAAGAGUUCGCACCCUUGUACUAGGACUGGUGAACUCUACUUUGACAAUUGAAGAAUUUCAUUCCAAACUUCAAGAAGCUACUAACUUCCCACUGAGACCUUUUGUCAUCCCGUUUUUGAAGGCCAACCUGCCCCUGCUACAGCGUGAACUCCUCCACUGCGCAAGGCUAGCCAAACAGAACCCUGCCCAGUACCUCGCUCAGCACGAACAGCUGCUUCUGGAUGCCAGCACCACCUCCCCUGUCGACUCCUCAGAGCUGCUUCUCGAUGUGAACGAAAAUGGGAAGAGGCGAACUCCAGACAGAACCAAAGAAAAUGGCUUUGACAGAGAGCCUUUGCACUCAGAACAUCCAAGCAAGCGACCAUGCACUAUUAGUCCAGGCCAGCGGUACAGUCCAAAUAAUGGCUUAUCCUACCAGCCAAAUGGCCUGCCUCACCCCACCCCACCUCCACCUCAGCAUUACCGUUUGGAUGAUAUGGCCAUUGCCCACCACUACAGGGACUCCUAUCGACACCCCAGCCACAGGGACCUCAGGGACAGAAAUAGACCUAUGGGGUUACAUGGCACACGUCAAGAAGAAAUGAUUGACCACAGACUAACAGACAGAGAAUGGGCAGAAGAGUGGAAGCAUCUCGAUCAUCUGUUAAACUGCAUAAUGGACAUGGUAGAGAAGACGAGGCGAUCCCUCACUGUACUAAGACGAUGUCAGGAAGCAGACCGGGAGGAACUGAAUUACUGGAUCCGGAGGUACAGUGAUGCUGAGGACUUGAAAAAGGGCGGCAGCGGUAGCAGCAGUCACUCCAGGCAGCAGAGCCCCGUCAAUCCGGACCCAGUCGCAUUAGAUGCACAUCGGGAAUUCCUUCACAGGCCUGCGUCUGGAUACGUGCCAGAGGAGAUCUGGAAGAAAGCUGAGGAGGCUGUGAAUGAGGUGAAGCGACAGGCAAUGACGGAGCUGCAGAAAGCCGUGUCUGAAGCCGAGAGGAAAGCCCAUGACAUGAUCACCACAGAGCGAGCCAAAAUGGAACGCACGGUGGCUGAGGCCAAGAGGCAGGCCGCAGAGGAUGCUCUGGCAGUCAUCAACCAGCAGGAAGACUCCAGUGAGAGUUGCUGGAACUGUGGCCGGAAAGCAAGUGAGACCUGCAGCGGCUGUAACACGGCCCGAUACUGUGGCUCUUUUUGCCAGCAUAAAGACUGGGAGAAGCAUCACCACAUCUGUGGACAGACCCUGCAGGCCCCACAGCAGGGAGAAACGCCCGCUGUCAGCUCCUCAGUCACGCCCAGCAGUGGGGCUGGGAGCCCAAUGGACACACCACCAGCAGCCACUCCGAGGUCUACCACCCCCGGAACCCCCUCCACCAUAGAGACGACGCCUCGCUAGACCUAAACUCAGACUGUCAGAGGAAAGACACCACAACCAACACGAAAGCAAUUCCUCAUCCUCAGAUGCUCAAAGUCCCUUUUCUGUUUGUUUGUUUAUAGAUGAACUAUCUAUCUUAUUUCAGUACUUCGGCAAGAGAGAACCUAACUGUAUCUUUGAGGCGAUAGUAAAACACAGAGGCCAGUAACGGGUCGUAAUGACUUACUGUGGAAAACAAAGAUAUCUUUUCUUUAGAGAACUGAAAAGAGAGGAAAGAAUAUAACGUGAAAUGCUAGAUUUGACCUCCUCCCUGUUAUUUUCAAGUAGCUGGGAUUUUAAACUAGAUGACCUCAUUAACCAAUGCUUUACCAAACAGCAAACCAAGAGAUUGCUAAUUGCUGUUGAAAGCAAAAAUGCUAAUAUUAAAAGUCACAGUGUUCUUUAUAUACAAUAAUGGAAAGAAAAAAAAAAAAAGAGGCAAUUCCUCAAGGGCACGAGCGUUGGAUACAGCAGUAGACAUUUUAACAAGAAGAUGAAUGGCGUCUGUGGGUUGCUAACUGAACUUUGAAGACCGGCUGCAAAACGCACAGAUGUGCAGCAGAUUGGAAGGAGACACAGAUGUUCGUUUUUUUUCCCCGUUUCUGAAAAAGAAAUAAUAAUAUCCAGGUCAACAGAAUGAAAAAUGAAGGAUGAUUUCCAGUGGGGUGUAUGACUACAGCAGCAAGAAAAAAAAUUGCCAUAAUACAAAGGCUCCUUUUUAUAUCUCUCACACACACACACACACACACACACACACACACACACACACACACACACACACACAUACACACUCUCUCCCUCUCUCUCUUAAGAGACUCAGCCUGCAGUUAAUUAGCAUUCUGGCAGCUUCCAAGUCAGCCAGCUGCCCUAAAUAACCCUUCAACAUUUCUUCACUUUUGCAAGGUUCCACAGAGUAAGACAUUGGGUCUAUUCCAGCUUAUUCAUUUUAUAUCGAAAAACCAAUUUUAAAAGAAAAAAUGGCGGCUUCAGCUCCAGCCCCUUUCCAAAAUUUUUCAACCCCACCCUGUUUGGGUUUUUAAUUAAAAUCUAGUAGUUCUCUUGGUAUUAAAACACUUCUGUCCUGUGAGGUUUUCCCAAUGGUGUUUUUCUUGUAAAUGUGUUGGACAAAUGUGAAGAUGCGUUGUAGUUGAUCCAUAUGCCCACAUUUAGUCUCUUUAUUCCUAGUUGGUGAGAGAAACCAGUAUCUUUCUAUGCUGCUUUUAUAUCUGUAUGUAUUAGUGAUAUUUCUCUAGUAGUUAAAAAAAAAUGAAAAGAAAAGAAAAAAAAAAACCACACUUUUUUUGGUUGUCCUCAAGAAAAGAAAAGAAGAAAAGAAAAGAAAAAGCUAUCUUUUGGAGCUGCUAACUCACUCUCUUAUAGGAUUUUUUUCCUGGAAACCAGCAUGCUUCAUGGAAUGCUAGCACAUGGAUGUUUUGUAAGAGGGAUGUACAUAAAUGUAUUUUGCACUGUCACAAUGACUCCCUAGGCAUGCUUCUUUUUUUUUCAAACCAACUUUUUAAAUAUGCUAGAGCCAUUUCACCAAUUUUAGCUGUAGCAUAGAGUAGUAGUGGAAUUUUUCUUUCUUUUAUCCUUUUUUUUUUUUAUGAAAAAAAAUUAUUAGGGACUUUUUUAAAAAAAAUAAAAUAAGAUAUCCUACUUUAAAAAAAAAGGACAGUGCAUGCAUAUUGCUGUAAGGUUGUUUAAGUAUUUCUAAUUUUACAAAAAAAAUGAAAAAAAAUCAUUAGCUCUCCAAAUGCUGAGGUGUAGACGGACAGCUUUAGCCCUGCUGAGUGCCAGGUUAUACAGUAUUCUUACAAAAGGGAAGUCAGCCAAAGACUGAUCUGAUGGACCAAAAUCGGAAUUUUUGAAAAGCACCAGUAAUCCUUUCCAAAUGAUCAGCAGGUUAAACAUGUUCAGUGUGACUCCAUUAACCCUUCGUUGUCCAGGGUCCAGACCAGAACUACUUGUUAGUUUUGAAACACAUUAUUAGCCCAGGAUGUGGUUGUGUGCUUUAAGAGUCGGCAGUGCUGCAGGCUGUGUAGACAACCAAAGUUGAAAGGCUGGGAAGACACUUCUCCACAUACACAUACACCAGGCAUUUCUUUACAAAAUUGAGUACAAUCCAUUAGCUUGUGGGAGGGGGGAGCGGGUAAUGUAGCCCUUGGAUACAGUUUUAAAUGGUUGUGUUUUAAGUUUUCUGCAUAGACGCAGUCCUCACGGGAUUGCUUUAUGUCUCGCAAAUCUAAGGUUUCCUUAAACCAUUUCCCCUGUAUUUUCAUAUACCAGUCGGUUUUGAUUUUGUCCCGGUAGUGUUGUGUUCUUUUCUUUUGUCGUCGUCGUCGUUGUUUUCAAUGGCCUUUUAGUUUAGGAAGUUCUGAUGAGCGAAUCAAUGCAUCUAUCUAUCUGCAUGUUGGAAGUCCAUCUGCCAGCACACCCGCUAAGGCAAAGAGAAGCGCAUAACCAGGCUGCGAAUGGGUUCUAUUUUACCAUGGUGCUCCCAGAAUCCUUCGACCUCAUUCUGCUUUCUAGUCUGCUUGUGACACUGGACAGUCCUUUCUUAGAGCUAUUAUAUGUUCUAGGCUACGAAGGGUUAAAUAAUCCCAAAAAAAUAACAAAAAAAAAAAAAUGAGGUAUGUCAUACCCUCGCGUCUCGAUCUCAAGAAGCUGUGAUGUAUGUGGAACAGCACUGUUAUUCUGAACACUAGUGUGUAAAAUAAGGAUUAGUACAGUACGUCUCAUUCCUUUUUUAAUUCAGGGCACCCUGAGUGAAAACCAAUACAAAAAAAAAAAAAAAAAUCCCUAACUCUGAGCUCUGUCUCUAAUUCCUCUUCCUCCUUCCCCUCUUCCUCCUCCUCUUCCUCUACUCCUGUUUUGCUACAUUCUCCUCAGUGGCAAAAAGUUUCACUCUACCUCUGACAGCAUGUAUAUUGCACCAGUCGCUAACGAAAACUGGUCUAGUCAAACCAAAUGGGCACAAAAGAACCAGGAUACCAAAAGUUAAGCUCAUACAGCUGCGAACCAUAUCACUUCUUGGUAACAAUGCAGACCUCAUAAACCUAAAAAAAAGAGAAAGAAAAGAAAACUUUUGUUACUUUCCUUUUUUGCUUGUCACUUAUAUACAGGCUAUGUGAGAGUAUUCAUUUGUAGGUAUUACACAUU